UAAUUUAGGGUUUGAAGUUCACAGGCUGGAUUGGAUGGACGUUGAACGGAUUCCAACUCCUUGCUGAUCUAAAAAUCUUGAGACCUAUAAUUAAAGAUUCCUUUUAGUUUCUUCAUUCUUUUUCUCUAUAAUUAAAGAUUCCUUUUAGUUUCUUCAUUCUUUUUCUUUCUUUUCGACUUGCUUUGUUGUGUGAAACCCAUCUCCAUUAAAGUUUUCUCCUUUCUUAGGAAGGGAAGAACAACGAGGAAGGCUUAUCAAAACCCUCUUCACAAAAUCCAUUAAAGUUUUUUCUCUCUGUUCCUUCCUUCUGUUUUCGCUUCGUUACUACGGUUACAUUGUUCUCUCUCGUCCUUCAAUUCAAGGUACGCUCUUCCCGAUUGCGGAUCGUGUCUCAAUUCUGGGUUUGCGUCAUUUGAUCAACAUAAGAGAACACGCAUCGAUCCUCGACUCCUACUUGCUGAAUCCUUAACUCGCGACGCGAAAUUGGGUUCCUGUUCUGCUCCGAUCUCGCUGUGAUCUUUCAAUUUCAACACCUUCUUGAUACCUCUCGGAGCAAUUUGAAGUUUUUUCCAGAUCCGUCUUAGCUCUUGUAGAGAAUGGCGGAUUUGAUACCAUUUUAUCUCAAUAUCGUGGCAUUUCUAUGUACUGCUGGAGCCAUUGCUUUGGCAAUAUUUCAUAUCUACAGGCAUCUCCUGAAUUACACGGAGCCAACUUAUCAGAGAUAUAUCGUACGCAUCAUCUUCAUGGUCCCAGUUUAUGCCUUCAUGUCAUUCUUGUCUCUUGUGCUACCCAGAAGCUCGAUAUAUUUUGAUUCCAUACGAGAAGUUUAUGAAGCAUGGGUCAUUUACAACUUCUUAUCACUGUGUUUGGCUUGGGUUGGAGGCCCAGGAGCUGUAGUGCUAAGUUUAAGCGGCCGCUCUCUAGCGCCAUCUUGGUCUCUCAUGACAUGCUGCUUUCCACCAUUAACAUUGGACGGGCGUUUUAUUCGGCGAUGCAAGCAAGGUUGUCUGCAAUUUGUAAUUCUAAAGCCUAUCCUAGUUGCUGUCACACUUGUUCUUUAUGCGAAAGGAAAGUACAAGGAUGGGAAUUUUAACCCUGAUCAAGCAUAUCUCUAUCUUACUAUCAUCUACACCAUAUCCUACACAGUGGCCUUGUACGCACUUGUGCUAUUUUAUAUGGCAUGCAGAGAUCUGCUUCAGCCUUUCAAUCCAGUCCCAAAGUUUGUGAUCAUCAAGUCUGUGGUCUUUCUAACCUAUUGGCAGGGUGUUCUAGUAUUUCUUGCUGCAAAAUCUGGAUUCAUAAAGGGCGCAGAGCAAGCGGCUCAUUUUCAAAAUUUUAUAAUAUGUGUCGAGAUGCUUAUCGCUGCAGCAUGCCAUUUCUAUGCUUUUCCAUACAAGGAGUAUGCCGGUGCCAAUGUUGGUGGAUCUGGCAGUUUCUCAGGGAGCCUAUCACAUGCUGUCAAACUAAAUGACUUCUACCAUGACACUGUUCACCAGUUUGCUCCUACUUACCAUGAUUAUGUGCUCUAUAAUCAUAACGAUGGUGGUGACGAGGGGGCAAAGAAGUACCGGUCGAGAACUUUUGUGCCAACUGGCCAAGAGAUGGAUGCAAUGAGAAAGAACAAACCCGUGUAUGCAAACAAGAUAGAUGGUGUCUCGGUCUCAAGUAGUCUAUCUUCAGGGACAAGCUCACCGAAAAGCUCCAGCGUAACUUCUGAUCCUGUGCGCUCUGAUGCUGCUAAAUCUUCCUUGCUUGUGGAUGCCUCGGAUUCUCUUGAUACAAUGUAUGAUAUGUCGCUCAUUGACAUUGAUUUAUCUAGUUUCCCCAGCAAUGUUCCCUCAGCAAAUGAAAGUGGACCUAGAUAGGAGCAGAAUAAAGAUGUAGAAGAAAGCACCAUUUACAAGUACAAAAUGUGCUCCUUAUAGUUGGAUUCAGAUGAAUCUUCUACAGGUGUGUUCGUAGUUUGAAGAUGUUAGUAGGGAGUCUUGAGGAUAAAUGAAAAAAGCUUCUAAACC